UUUAAGGUCCCUUAAUUUUCCCAAAUAAUGUAAUUAAAACCCAAACCCAAAUCCAAAUUCUUCUCUAUAUCUCCGCAACUGGGUUUGGUACAAUUGAUCCAGUUUUUCUUCAUCAAAUCUAAAAAAAAAAUCCUUAGGGAUCGGAAUUGAUCAUCAUGGGAGGAGAAGGAGCAGAGGCGCAGUAUGUUAGGGCAAAGAUUUCAGUGUGGUGGGAUAUAGAGAAUUGUCAAGUCCCCAGAGACUGUGACCCACAUGCCAUAGCUCAAAAUAUUAGCUCUGCUCUGGUCAAGAUGAAUUAUUGUGGACCGGUUUCCAUCUCGGCUUAUGGGGAUACGAACCGGAUUCAUUCUGCGGUUCAGCAGGCUCUUUCUAGUACCGGAAUUGCUCUUAAUCAUGUCCCGGCCGGUGUGAAAGAUGCAAGUGACAAGAAGAUUCUUGUGGAUAUGUUGUUCUGGGCGGUGGACAAUCCUGCCCCUGGUAAUUAUUUGUUAAUUUCUGGAGAUAGAGACUUCUCUAACGCUCUCCAUCAACUGCGGAUGAGGAGAUAUAAUAUUCUCUUAGCACAGCCUCAACGAGCAUCUGCACCCCUCCUCGCAGCUGCUAAGAGUGUAUGGCUGUGGACGAGUCUUGUUGCUGGAGGACCAGCAGUGCCAGAGGGUGAAUCGCUACAACUUGGUAAUAAUAGUUAUACAUCUUCUUCGGACACAUUACAUAUUCCAGUUUCUGAUAGCUCUCAUACCUAUUCUGAAAAUCCCCAUAUGGGAAAUCAGAGAAAUUCCUAUGUAACUAAACAGAAAGUAAAAGCCACUAGAAGAAACCCGAAUCAAACAAAUGGAUCAAAUACUUUAAGUGCACCUGUUUGGACCCAAGAAGAUCAGCCAAAUUCAAACUCUUACCAACCUGGUCCUUAUGUACCUAAAGUUCCCUUAACCAGACCUUCUCCGGAUUUCAAUCACGGGAAUCCUAACUUUACUUGGAGUAAUGUCACCAACGUUCAUAGCAACCAUCAAAGUCAUUUUACACAGUCUUCAAGGCCAAAUGCUUCAGCUAUGCAACCUGAAUUUGCUGGUGGUAAUAUUUAUCCACCAAAUUUUCAAAUUCAUGCUCCUAUAAGUUCAUCUAGGCCCAAUGGGACUGCGAUUACCUCAGCACCAAUUUUAAACUUACCUGAUAUUGGUAACUUGAACAUUUCUGGAUUCCCUCCCAGCUUUAACAACCCUCCAACUGCCCAAAGACGAAAUGGAGAGCAAAAACAUGACGGAAAGAGAAAAGGUGCAAAGUCUAUAUAUUCUAGUAACUCACAAAAUGGACACAAGGCACCAAACAAUCAGACAAUGAACAAUAGGUACUCUGGCGGUCCAGAAUAUCCACCACCAUCUUCGUCACCAACAGCUGACGAUGUUGCUUCUCUUAAGGUUUGGGGAACUCCGGGAUGCCCAAUCCCUUCAGAAUAUGUUCAAGGCCUUAUUGGAGUUAUCCUACUUGCCUUGAACACCCUUAAAAAUGAAAAGAUAAUGCCAACUGAAGCAAAUAUAUCGGAUUGCAUUCGAUAUGGAGAUCGCAAACAUUGCAAUACUGACAUUAAGAAGGCCCUUGAGAGUGCUAUUGAGGAACAGAUGGUCAUCAAACAGAACUUAGGAGCGGUGCAGUUGUAUGUUUGUAAGCAUGAAAAACUGUGGAAAUGUGUAAAUCCUAUAGGUGGAAGUCUUAAAGAAUAUCCGAAACCCACGUGGGAUGAAAUUCAGAAAUUUCUGGAAUCCCCUGCUGGGCGAUCUGCAAUCAUGUCAUCCCAGUGCAGGUAUGAAGCUGCUAAAAUUAUAAAGAGUAUGUGCUUGAAAGAACUUGCUUUGGGUAACAUACUUCAGAUUGUAAAUAUGGUUAUUGCCAUAAAGAAAUGGAUUAUUCAUCAUCAAUCAGGUUGGCAACCACUUACUAUAACUCUUCCUGAGGCCAACAGUGAUUUAGAGUCUGCAGCUUGGACACUAUAGCAAGAAAAAAAAGGCCCUGUAGAUAGUUAAAAGCACUAGAAACCAUAAUGGUUGGUUAUCAGUGCUUAGAGUAGAAAAAAGCCUUUUUCUUUUUCCUUUGAAUUGCGGAGUUGGUAGUAGUUACAAUGGGGGUUGAUUUGCGUUGGUGUAGGUAUAUAGCAAUAGCUGAUCUUACCCUAGUAUCUCAAUCCUGGACCGUGGUAUACACAUUAAGCGUUAGCAUGAAAAGUAUAUUUAAAGAAAUCCUGAGGCGACUUUGAAUGAGGAAGUAUGCAAGAUAAUUUUAGGAGAUAAAAUGCUCGCCGGUUGCCUGUUUACAUGCCUUUUGCAUCUCUGGUUUUCUGCUCUUUUGCAUCUCUGGUUUUCUGCUCUUUUGCAACUUCAUGGCUGUACUGGAGUUGUGAUUUAGUAGUUGGGUUAUAACUCUACGAACUUAUGUGCACAUAAGAAAAAGUGGUCUAGCUAUGAAUUUGAGUAUGUUGCUCGUUUUGAAUGGCUGAGUAAUUGUGUGCCUUGUUCGGUAAAAAAAACACAUUCACUAUAGGUCUGUAGCGUGCUCUCAGUUAAAGUCAUCUGAAGAAAAAUUGCAGGAAAGAUCUGUAUCCUCCAGUCUCUACGGUUUUAUAGCUCUUUAUUUGACCACCCAAACAUCUAAGGCUCGUUCAUUAUUAUCUGCCACCUCAAAGUUUAUCCGUUGAGUUGAUACCAAGAAUGAGACGACUCAACUGUGCUGAAUGAAGAUUUGGAAUUGAUAUUGGUUAUAUGCUUGAGAAGGUGGAAGCUUGACUAGUUGAUGCGAACAAUAAAUUGGAGUUUUCUAUGAUUAUCAAGUUACCUUGUGACAACAUAUGUGACUUUUAAGUAUUUCCGUAAAGUUGGGAGCUUUUCGCCUGAUAACUUAUGCAGCCCAACGUAGCGAAUCAUUUCAUUGAAAAAAGUAGCAUGGGAAUGAGGAACUCAACAGCAAAUGAUGGUUUGUGCUGCUGAAAUAAGAAUGAGAAUAAUUUAAUCAUUGAGAACUGAGAAGGUGAUGUUCUGGUAACUUCUGUAUAUUAUUUUCCUUUGAGUUUAUUAGUUAGAAGCAUCUGAAGUCAAACUAUGUCCGAAUGAGGAGCUCAAGUCAGGACGAGUUGUGUCCUGAUUGUGUCAUGUGUAGUUGAAUAAAAAGCAAUGUAUGUAAUUCUGCAUUUUUUCUGUUUCUAUCAGUUUAUAAAUACAACCAUCGUCUGGUUUGUUUUGUAUAA